AUGGUAUCCGAAUCUCCUAGGCCUUUGGACAUUGACGUCUCACAUUCCACUAUGGAGUCGCCACCAGCCAUUGCCGCCUUGUUCGUCAUUAGCUUCGACAUCAGAGCCGGAUAUGUCGUCUCGUGGAAGCGAACUGCGCCGGGAGUUGAGGUUGAAGGGGUUGUGGAAUACAAAUCGCUGCCCUCUGGGCUGCACAAUGUGUCUGAAGACCUAGUGUACUUCGUGCAUGAACAGUAUGCCGGUAUCAGCGCGUUCCUCAAUCAUCCCGCCACAGAGGCCGAACGCAAUGCGAAGAUGUUUGCGAUCGGAGUUCUGGUGCCCCUCAGUACCGGAAGACUUGGGAAAAGCUGGCGACACGCUCCAAGGCUCCAGGAACUGACACAGUUCGUAUCUCCAGGCCUCGGCGAUGGACGAAAUCCCCGACUGACACUGGUGCUUGGUAGGAAAUACGCUGAGAACGUGUCGGAUAUGCAUCUUCGAUUCCGACCCGGCGAGCGACCAGACCACCUGGGUCGCAACCGCGCGUUCAGUGAUGCAAUGGUGCUGGAAACGUUCAGGCCGGCCCUGACACCAUUCCACCCCGCUUCAUCGCUUCCAGAUUUCACAGAGAGCUUCGGACCUUUGAUCUUCCCCCUAUACAGAGCAGCUUUGCUGCGCAAGCGGAUUCUCUUUAUGGGCGAGGCUCCUGUACACUCGUCGUGCAAAUACGUAUAUGAUCUAUCUCUAUUAGCAUCACUGCCAAACUCCCUCCUACAGCUACUCCCCGACGAUCGCAUACCACCACUACGCCCCCGCCCCCUCUUUAACGUCGGAAUUCAUGAUAUCCCCUACCUUUCCUCCUUCGAUCCAUCGCGCAGCAUCAGAGACCCCGAGACAGAUCCGAGCUGGAUCGCCUGCUCAACCGAUACCGUCUUAACCAUGAAACCCGACCUCUUCGACAUUCUUGUCGCCCUCCCCGCACCAUACUCACAAGAAACUGCCGAGCGAGCCUUCCCCAAAAUCUCCCUCGUCCAUAACACAGGCGGCAAACCCAACCAAAUCCAACAAAUCGAGCUCAAAGCAACCCAGCGCGACGCCCGUCGCUACGCAAUGCUCCGCCGCGGACUCCGCCAAUUCUCCAACGACCGCCCCACAUCCCUAGAACAAGACCCCUCAGACACAGACUCAACCUAUUCAUCCAGCGCCGUCGUCGAGCCUAUCUCCUGGACUCGGCUGGCCUACACCUCCUUCAUCUGGUGGGCCUCUGCCGGCGAGAACCGCGACGGCCUCUCGGAGGAAGAGGAAGAACAGCAGAUAGAACAAGACUCCCGCCUUCUGGCAAGCGUCGAGAGUCUCUCCCGCCCACCCUACAACUCAACCUCCCACGCCGACCCACCCGCAACCCCCCUCCAAGAAGAGCAGCAGCCGCUCGAAGUCGCGCUGGUCGCGUACUUCCGCCGUCUAACGUCGCAGAUCUUCGUUACGUUGGCUGGCGCCAUCGCCCGCUAUGAUAGCGACAUCGAUGACGAUGCGUAUAAUGAUGCGCCGUACAUCGAUGAAGAUGAUGAGGACACUGAGCCUUCACUCUCCAUGUCUCGCCAGUCUAUCCAUGGCGACGAGGGGACCUCGCCUUUGCUCCGGCAGCGGUCGAGUGUGAGUGGGUCUGCGAGUCAUGGGUCGAGAGCUGGUCACCGUAGCAAUGGUUCGCAUGACACUGUCACGAUUACAGUGGCAGAUAUGGCAGAGAUAGGGCUCGAUGUGUGGAGUGUGACGGACCGUGUCUUUGUUGAGGAGUUGGUUUCUUUGUGGUGGGGUCGUGAUGCGAAGGUUGAUAGUGCGAGGAUUAGAUGCUGUGGGAUCUCGGUUUUGUAA